UCUAUACACAGUGACAGCAUCAUUUCCCGCCACGCUGCUUCGGUAGACGUAGUUUGUUCGUCGAUACGGUAAUGUUCGGUUUUAUUUAGUGCUACUCCUUGUGUAUCCUCGUUUAAUGAUCAAACGCCAUCGAAACGGUUACGCGUGAUGAGUACCAUGGAAAAAAACGAAAGUUCGAUACCUGGACUGAAAUCAUUUGUGGCUAGAAAUAGCGGAUUCAAAACGCCGUACUCUUUCAUCGAAGAGAGAAAGAGGAUAGAUGGGGCGGAAGGUCUGUGGAGGGUCAGGAAUGGUUUAUAUGAUCUAGAAGGUUUCUCCAAGCAUCAUCCAGGAGGAGAGGAAUGGAUUACACUCACCAAAGGCACUGAUAUCACGGAACUUUUCGAGUCGCAUCAUUUAACCGACAAGGCUGCAAAUAUUCUGCCCAAGUAUUACAUAAGGGACGCAAUUGUUCCACGAUCGGUGCCAUUAACAUUCGAACCGAAUGGGUUUUACAUGACAUUCAAGAAACGCGCGCUGGAAGCGCUAAAGGACGUCGAUUUUCAUCGACCCUCGAAGAGAUCUAACCUGACUGCUGAUUUUCUUGCGUCUUCUGCUAUUCUACUGAGUCUUAUUGCAGUGACCACACAAUCUUAUUUAGCACUCAUUGCCGCUGGAGUUUUUCUUGGAUGGACAACGAUUGCCGCACACAAUUAUUUUCACAUGCGGAACACAUUUCGAAUGUAUUAUUUCGACCUGAGCGCAAUGUCAUCGAAGGAAUGGCGCAUAUCCCACGUAAUGAGUCAUCACACGUAUCCCAAUACUCUUUGGGAUUACGAAAUUUACGUCGCCGAACCUUUCCUCCGAUGGUUUCCAGAUAAAACGAAGUCCAAGCUUCAGUCUUUUUUCAGUCAAUUUUGGAGCCCUUUCAUUUGGUCUACAACCUUCAUCGUCAAUUUAGUUAAAAGGUAUUAUUCCGUAUUCUACGAAUAUCGCAAAUUCGAAUUUCGCGACGCGGUGCCGUUCGUCCUCCCCACUUUGAUGUGUUACUUCGCGCCAAGUGUUCUGAUCGGUUUGAAAUUCUGGGCAUUGGAUCUCAUGAUAGGUGGCUUUCUAUUCGCCAUGAUUGGUUUUAAUGCCGCCCACCAUCAUCCUGACAUUUUUCACGAUGGCGAUACAUACAGGGACGAUCUCGAUUGGGGUUUACUGGAAGUGGACGCAGUGCGAGAACGAAAAAUAAUCGACGAUUUCAAUUUUCUUGUACUGACCAAUUUUGGCUUACAUUGUCUUCAUCAUUUAUUACCGACCGUGGACCACUCUUACUUGCCGCUUGUCGCCAAUGCGUUAGAAGAAACUCUUAAAGAAUUCAAAAUCAACACAGACAAGUGGUCGCAAUGGGAACUCGUGAAAGGCCAGUUUCAACAGCUGUUGCGGAGAGAGUCGAAGAAAAAUUACAGAUAGAUCGUAGGAUAGCGUGUAAUUAGCUGCAUGAUUGAUAGAACCAUUGAAAUCUCUUAGUAACUGUAGGUACUUUAAGGAAAUUGAUUAUGUAUAAUGUACUUCUUAACUCAUUAAUAUCCACUAAUUCCACAAAUAUCCUACUCCAUACUUUAGUAUGUUUUGAACUGUUUUGUGGAAUUAAGUUAAGUCCAUAACAUCUAAUGAUAUUGUCAAUUGUUUCAAAUAAUGCCUCUGAAAAAUGCAUAUAAAUAAGUGCACGAACAAAAAUUUGCGAUAUUUAAUAAAAUCAUAGGUUUCUUACAAACAAUUUGUCUUGUAUUUCGUGUACAGCAUAAUUAUGUUAUUGUGUAUCUUCGUUGAUAUGUAAAAAAAAAAAAAAAAAUGAAAAUAUUAAAUCAUCUUUGUUUUACGUAAAAAGAAUAAAAAAAGAAAAAGUGUAAAUGUGCAAAAGUGCAAAAGUGUAAAUUGUAAAGUGUAAAGUGAGAUUAGAUUAGCAGGAAUGUAAUUAGUUUUCAGAAAAAAUUCAUUCGUAUAAAUUAUGUAUCAACGUUAAUAUAUUUUUAUACAUCAGGUAAAAAGUGGGUAGACCUAGCAGAAGAACGAAUGCUAAAUUUACUUCUUAACUUUAUUUAUUGCUUAUUUACUUUAAUAAAUACAUAUUUCGGCUCUCUUUAUAAAUUACAAUUAAGUUUAUAGGAUAGGAUUAUCAUUUGGAUGACAUGUAUAAUAUGCGCGCCGCCGUGCAAAUCCGCGACUAGCGUUAAAUUCGUGUUCGUUGCUUGUCUUCUCAUAACGUGUAAUCUCGUUCUUUUUUUUUGUUACUUCUUUUCUUUUUUUUUUUUGUAGUGAAUAUUCUUAUAUACGAGUAUCGAUUCGUCCGCUUGAUUCGCGCGUAAUGCCAGUACAUGCACAUAUUUACCUUUCUUCUACGUAUUCGUGACAAAACAUUAAAAUUUUCUUUAUUGGUUCUUAUCGCCUCUCAUCUCGACCGCUCGCAACUUUCCUUUCUCUCGCUUUCUCUCUUGCUCUCUCCCACUCUCACUCUUUCACUCUCUCUUUCCUCGACCCUCAGCGCGCGAGUGGUGAAGAUUUGUUAAUUACUCCCCUCCCCAUGUUUCUCCUGAUCCAUUCCCGAAACAAUCGAAUAUAUCCCAAUGCUCGAAACGUGUUGAAAACCUUUUCUUAUAUCUCGUUUACUUUCUUCUUUUCUCCUUUUUUCACAUUAACGAAACUGGCAAAGUGACCAAGCACGGACAUUCUCGUGUCGAUGAAAGUAAAGAUCGUGAGUGUACCAUUGUACGGUCAGUGUGUUGGUGUGUGU